AUGCGAUUCCUUUGCAUGAUCGCGGGUGUGGCCACGCUCGUGGGGGCCAUUACACUCCCUCAGGAGUACGUUGAAGGCACCUACACGGUCACGUAUGACGACGCGGGCAACGAGGUCCAUACUCGCAUCGCCGGCCCCAUCGCACCUCGAGGACAGGACGGCGGCACCGUCGCCGACGCUGCGACACGAGGCGUGGCGGAGCAGUCCACCAACGGCUACUACGCGUUCUGCUUCUGCAGCCACAAGCUCAACGCGGGCGACACCGACGCCGCCGUCGCCGACCUCAAGAGCCAGUUCCCCCAGGACAAGCACUACGAUGGGUCACCCAACUACUACUCGAUCCGCGGCUCGGUCGUGGCGUAUGCGUGCAAUGUCAAGGGCAAGAUAUUCGUACAGAACGCGACCCCUCUCCUCAUCACGCAAAUGCUGGACAAGGUGUCGAACCAGUGUGGGCGUUACGUGGGGGGAUGGGGGAUGUUCACGGAGGGGCCGCUCCAAGACCCCUGGCCAGCGCACUUUGGGUACAUGAACUACAAGGAGGGCCUCAACUUUUGCCGGGAGGGCACCAACAUCCUGCAGUCGCAUUGCUGA